AUGAAGGAACAAAAUCUCAAAAUUCUCAUUGCAACAACACUGAGAGUGUUUACAAUGCUGUCAUUAUUCUGUUGCACAAACGUUGCAAUUACCACAACCAACAACCUCAAUCCACUGAUCCUAAUCCCAGGUAAUGGAGGAAACCAACUAGAAGCAAAACUAACCACACAAUACAAACCUUCUAGCUUAAUCUGUGAUCCAUGGUACCCUCCUUUCAAGAAGAAAAAUGGAUGGUUUAGAUUAUGGUUUGAUACAACCGUUUUACUUGCUCCUUUCACAAAGUGUUUUGCUUCUCGCAUGACUCUUUACUAUGACAAACAACUUGAUGAUUUCUUUAAUGCCCCUGGAGUACUCACACGUGUCCCUCGCUUUGGUUCUACCUAUUCUCUUCUGUAUCUCGAUCCUAGUCUCAAGGUUGUGACAGAUUACAUGGCACCUUUAGUUGAAUCAUUAGAGCAACUUGGUUACAUAGAUGGUGAAAAUCUGUUUGGAGCUCCUUAUGAUUUUCGAUAUGGUUUAGCAGCGCCGGGUCAUCCAUCUCGAGUAGGUUCGAAAUUCUUAAACGAUUUAAAGAAUUUGAUAGAAGAAGCAAGCAAUUCCAAUGGAGGAAAACCAGUGAUACUUGUUUCACAUAGCUUAGGAGGUUUAUAUGUUCUUGAACUCCUUAAUCGGAACCCGUCUUCUUGGCGAAAGAAAUUUGUUAAACAUUUUAUAGCUCUUUCUGCUCCAUGGGGUGGAACUGUUGAUGAAAUGUUUACUUUUGCAUCGGGGAAUUCUUUGGGGGUGCCAUUAGUAAACCCUUUGAUAGUGAGAAAUGAACAGAGAAGUUCUGAGAGUAAUCUAUGGCUUUUGCCUAAUCCUAUGAUGUUUGAUGGUGAAAAACCAUUAGUUACUACUCCGAAUAGAAGCUAUUCAGCUCAUGAUAUGGUUGAUUUUCUCAAAGAUAUUGGUUAUCCUGAAGGAGUUUAUCCUUAUGAAACUCGAAUUUUGCCGCUGAUAGCGAAGAUAGGAGCACCAGAAGUGGAUGUAACUUGUAUUGUUGGGGAAGGUGUGAGGACUCCUGAGGAAUUGUUUUAUAGGAAUGGUGAUUUUGAUGAACCGCCGGAGUUUUUGUAUGGUGAUGGCGAUGGAACUGUGAAUAUGGUGAGCUUAUUGGCACUUGAAAAGUUAUGGAAAGAUGAGAAGAAUCAGUAUUUGAAAGUGAUUAAGAUUGAAGGGGUGUCUCAUACUUCAAUAUUGAAAGAUAAAGUUGCACUUGAUGAAAUAAUUGGUGAGAUUAGUAGAAUUAAUUCUAAUGUUCAAAUCAGUGGAAGUAACGUUUCUUUUGCUAUUUCUGAUGCGAAAUGA